AUGACGACGCCUAAUAUGUCGUGUCCCUCGGGAGGGGACUUCUACGCUUGUACUGAAGGCAGCAGGUUCGUUGGAUGCUGCGGAAGAAAUCCAUGCGAGCUGGGAUGCGCCGCCGGCGACCUUCAGCCUACGAGCUUCGAAGCAGAUCAACACGGAGAGAUACCCGACCAAUCGUGCUCCGCAGGCUUGUUCUACACUUGCGCCUUCACAGAUCCACCAUUCUGGGGAUGCUGCGCUACUUCACCAUGCGGCGAUGGCUGUCCGUCAGAUCAACUAUCCGGCGCAUUCAUAUCAAGCAAUCCAGGAACCGCAGAGCCUUUCUUGCGCCUAAAUGAAACCUACAACGACGGCUCGUCAUCCGACGACUCAUCGAAUACAGGCGCCAUAGCCGGCGGUGUUGUCGGCGGGAUCGUCGGGGUCGCGAUAAUCAUUCUCGGGAUUCUUUGGUACUUGCGCAGACGACGACGAGCCGCAACAAAGCCAGACGAGCCCACCGAACAGAUCCAGGAGUUGCCGGCGCAGGAAGGUACGGUGCUCAAGAACGUAGCUCCAAGCUACGAUAAUUCUCCGGGAAUAGGCUCCUGGCAGAGCUCUCCGGCGCAGACUCAGUACUCACCGCGUGCUCCUAGUUACUGGAGCGAGCUGCCGGCGAAGCAUGUUUCGUAUGAACUUCCUGGGAGUGGGAUCCAGACGGAGUUGGAAGGCAGCCAGACGCCUGAGCAGCUUAAACCGCCGCAGGAGUCGAGGAACGAAUGA